AUAAUUUUCAGUAAAAAAGUUUAAUUUACACUUUUAACUAGCUAGCUAGCUUCAAUAUUUCUAAAUGGAUUAACAAAAUAAUUAGGCUCUCAUUUGUUCAAUAUGUAGUUAUUAAUUUAAUUAGACAAAUAGACUACCAAGGAUGAUACCUGAUUGCGGUCAUACUUAUUGUGAAGAUUGCAUAAUAAAGAAUUUAGUUAAUUCAAAACAUACGUUUAAAUGUCCAGAGGAUGGGGACAUUAUUCUUUGCAACAGAGAUUCUAUAAACAAUUUCCCAAAGAAUAUAUCUAUCCUCAAAAUUGUGUAACAUUAGGAAAAUCAAAAAUAGAGCUCAUUUGGUGUUAUUUAGCAAAAGCCCUUUCAGAUGGCAGAAGUUUUGAGCCAAAAAUCAAUUUAAUCAGCAUAAUCUUUUAUUGAUAAGAACAUGAUUCCUUGUUCUUCUCAAGAAAUUAAACCAUAGAUGUCUUCAAAUAAGUAUUCUUUAAAGUCCUAAUAGUAGUAGUAGUAGUGCUAGGUUCAUGGGAAAGCAUAGGAUUUAGGAUGCCUACAAUGCUAAUAAAAGAUUUGUGCACAUUGUGCAAUUUUCGGAAAUCAUAAAAAUCAUACAGUGAUUCCAGAGGAUGAAAUGAAGAAGAAAAAUAAAAAUGGCUUAGAGCAGAUGGUAAAAAUAAAACAAAAGAUUCAAUUAACUAAAGAGGACUUUGUGAAUAAAAUGGAAGAUAAUUUUUAGAAUAACAUCUGCAGCAAAAUUAACUAUUAAAAAGGAUUAUUUAAGUCAAAUACACGCCUAAAAUUCGAGGAGUUCUAAAAAUUGCUUGAAUAUUCUGAGUAAAAGUGCUAUGAUGAAAUAGAAAAGUUUUUUGAAUAAGUUGAAGAGAAGUUUAGGAAAUUCAAAAACCAUACUUUCAAGGAAACCUACGAUAAAAUUUACAAUUGGAAUUAGAUGAUUGACACUCUUAGAGUUUAAUAAGAAAGCUUAGAUAGAAUUAAUUCUGUUGAUUUUGAUCUGUUCCUUAACUUGGAAAAAUUGUUAAUAUCUGGAAAUGAACUAGAAAUAGAAUACCACAAUCUUAUCUAAUUUCCUGUUAAAUUGAUUGGUGAUUAUUUAGAGAAUAUUUGCUUUUCUUUCUCAGAUUCUGUUUAAACAAUUAUUGAAAAUUGCAUGUCUAUACAGUUUUUACAAAACGAAAGCGAUAUUAUUCAUAAAAGCAUCCAAAAUUUAACUUUAGAAAAUUAAAAGGAAAUUCUCAGUAACACUCAAUUCUUCUAACUUUCUCCAUAAGAAAUAAAAGCUAUUCUAGGAACUCCUAAUUAGACUCCAACUGAAUAAUUUCUUAGUUCUCAUCAAGCUCUUACUAAUAAAUAAAAUAUGAAGUCAAGUAAUUACUUUAUCACAAACAGAAAAAACAGUAACACAUAAUCAAGCUCUCGCUAAAACUCAUUGGGCUAAAAAUUCAAGUCAAAGUACAAAGAAAGUAACUAAUAAUAAAAGGAGGAAGUUAGUUUAGAAAAUGUUGAUUCUAUAGUAGCAUAGUUAGGAUAAUAUCGUUAAAAUAAUAUUAUACCUUAAUUAUAAGAGAGUGCUUUAAGCAAAGAUAAAUUAUUACUGUCAAAUUUGGAUAAUUAAUUAGAAUUUGUUAAAAGCACAGCUCUAAAAGAAAGUAUGUUUAAUAGUGUCGUAAUAAAUAGCAACGAAUCAGACAGACAGCAUUAAAUAUAUCCUUUUGCCAAUGAUGCUGAAAAUGGAAGCAAGACUCAAUUUGAUAACAGCAUUAAUAAUGGAUACAUCACUAUUAUAAAUCAUUAAAAUUUAUCACCAUAAAAUAAGCCCUUCAUAUAAAAUAUCUCUGAUAUUAAAAUGGAUGGUAGUGGAUUACUAUACUUCAAAAAUGGACCUGCUUCAGUACAUGAUAGCUGUAAAAUAUAAGCCGUAGUGGAAAAAUCCCUCACAAGAGACAUAAAAAAAUCUUAACUGUAAUUAGAAAAUCCUUUCAGUGAAAAAAGAGAUAACAGUUAGAUUAGAAAUAGUUAAAUUAGUAACUCUACUUUAAAUAAAUCUAGAAAUAGAUCUCCUUUUAAACUUAAUGAUUUCGAAACGUCUUAAUAUGGAAAAAUGAAAAAAAGUUCAGAUUUAAGACAAAGUAACUUAGAAAUAAAGAGUGCUAGAUCUCAUUACACAAAUGCUGAUCAUUAUCAAGAUUAUGCUAGUAUAAAGAAAUCUCUAACUCCAACAAAGAAAAUUCAAAGAUAAAAUGGAAGCGAAAUAAUUAAAACAAAAGACUAGAUCAAUAAUCAUUCAUAUAUAAAUUAGUAAAAUAGUGAUCUUAGUAAAACAUUACCAACCCGCAUGAGUAAUAAUGAAGACACAUACAACUCUAUCUCUGCAACUGCCACCGAAUAAAAUUCUAAUCAUAAUUUAGUAAAAAAGAAUAACAACUCUAUCAAAAAUAAUUCAUUAAAAUUCAUCAAGUCACCAAACAAAAGCAACGUAAGCAAUAAAUCAGUAAGUCAACAACAACAACAAUAACAAACUCAAUCUCCUCACACACAACGUAAAAAUGCUUACAAAAAGAAAUCUGAAAAACUUAAAAUAUUGCUUUAAAAGUUAAAAUAAAAUGAGUACAUAGAUUAAAUAGAAUUAGUAAGUGAAGAUGUAAAUGACUAAGAAUGUGAAGAACUAGGUAUAGAGUUAGGAAAGACGAAACUAUAAAUUGAUAGUAUCAAGCUAGUUAAGAACAAAAUUAGUGAUAUUGGUUUGUAGCACAUAUUACUGGGUUUGGAAAAGAGUAAUCAAAAGAUACACACAUUAAAUUUAACUAGCAAUCUAUGCACAGAAAAUUGCUUUGAUGACAUCUUAAAUUAUUUAUCUAAAAAUGAAACCUUAAAAAAUAUAUAUCUACUUAAUAACAAUAUUUAAAUCUAUAAAAAGAAAGAUAAAUUAAAGAACAUUUAGCUUCUUUGUAAUAUUCAUAUUUGAUUUGCUCCACACUAGUUAAAAUAACUUAAAAUGCUACAAAAAAUUCUAAAAUAAAUAAAUAAUAUUUAUUUUUUUAUCUAAAAUAAUAUUUUAUUGAAACUAAAAACAAACAAAUACAGAUAGAUAUUAAAAAUGUGUACUUAUUAAAUUUUCAAAAAAAUAUAACUAUUUAAAAUCGAAUCUUAUUUUAAAAAUAUGCCCUUAUCUCCCUAUAACAAAAAUGAAUCAAUUGUCUUCUUGAACAACAACUUCAGCAGAAAGAGAGCUGUUUGCUUCUACAACACCAUUAACACCAAUCUAACAGUCAUUAAGUUUAGAAUUUUACUUAAUAGUGGCUUUGUUUCCAAUGAUACAGUUUUAUAAGACGCAUCUUAAAUUUAAUAAAAAAUAAAUUAUUUGUUUGUUUUUAUAUGUUUAUAUUUAUUUAUUUAUUUAGUUAGUUAGUUAGCUAGCUAGCUAAUUUUUUUGUUAUUUUAUGGAUUACUUAUCAAUGAACUUAAAUUUUAAUUUAUAUAAAACUAAUUAAUUUAAUUGUAAUUUACC